AUGGCCGAUGCGGAUAUUCCCGAUAUCACUGCUCUUCUCAAGCGUGAACGCUUCCACCGCGAUACAGCCCAGUGGGAUCUAUGCCGGGCAGCCUUCCACCCAGAUGCUGAAGAAACCUACAUUGACGUUUCCUGGUUCCAAGGCAACAUCGACGCCUUCCUAGCACGCUCGUCCGCAGUCCACCCAGGCAAAGUCAACGUCAUCCACUCCUCCUUCGACCCAGUGGAUAUCAAAGUCAGUGGGGACCGCGCCACCAGCUCAGCCUUCUGUGUCAUCACCAGCUCGAUUACGCUAGCCGGGGUCGAGUAUGAGCUGGCGUCGUACAUGCGGCUCCUGCACCGGCUGCGGAAAGUGUCCGGUCUUGACUCCUGGCGGAUUGUCCGGCUUGAGGCCAUCUAUGUCCGAGACCGGCUUGUUUGCGCCUUUCCGGGUCUAGAUGCUUCGAGACUGGCUAUGCCGGGGGAGAUACUGGUGUAUCCGAGGCCGUAUCGGUGUAUGGCGUUUGUUAUGUUGAAUCGGGGACUGAAGCCUAGAGUUGACCUUCCAAAUGAGGAGGACCAGGAGAGUGUGCGAAGAGUGUUGAAUGCGAAUGUUGCAUUCUUGAUAGACAGAUAG